UCUCGCUCUCUCUCUCUCUCUCUCUGUCUCGCUCUCUCUCACACACACACACACACACACACACGGUGAGCACGUUAAGUGUGUGGAGAAAUGAGUUUUCAGCAACAACACCAAGAAGAAGAUUUUCUUUUCUUCUUUGUGGGUUUUAACCUCCGGAAGCCCUGGAAGACGUCUCACUCUGCUGUGACUUUCAUGAGUUUGCUGUGAGCUGACAGGGAGCCGGACUCCAGCGGACCCUGUUGGAACCUGAACCGAAAAGAUCCUCUGCAGGUCAGCAGCUUUCUGUUCUGGUUUUACUGGUUCCAGUUUCUGCUCAGCCUCAUUAAGCUGCCACAGAGACGCAACACAACGACAUUUAACAGCCUCAUUUAAGGACAACAGCAUUAAAGCUAAAAAUCCAAACAGCAGCUGGGGGCCCCGUGGCCCCCGAGGGCCUCCUGCAGACACGACUCAGGGCAGCACAGAGCUCAGCGUGCUGGAAACAUCAGCAACUCAUAAAGCUCCUCCCACUCGCCACCCGCUGAGGAAGAGGAGGAGGAGGAGGCGGAGAGUCUGAGCAUGAUGCUGCCGCACACCAGUGACGACCAGAUCAAGAAAAGACCUGAAGAAGAGGAAGAGGAGGAGGAACAGUCUACCCCACCUCCUCCUCCUCUUCCUCCUGUUCCCAUGUCGACCUCAGAGGAUACCCAAUCAGCAGCUAAGGCAAACACUCCGGCCAGUCGGGACGUGAGCUCAGACUCAGGGGAGGAGACGGCGGCCGCGCUCUUGGGCUCCAACAAGGAAGUGCUACCAUGGCGACAGAUAGAGGAGGAGGAGGAGGAGACGCAGGCGGUGGCCUCAUCACCUGACGGACGAUUCCUCAAGUUCAACAUCGAGAUCGGACGAGGAUCCUUCAAGACGGUUUACAGAGGACUGGACACAGAGACCACAGUGGAGGUGGCCUGGUGUGAGCUGCAGACUCACCGUCUGAACAAGGUGGAGCGUCAGAGGUUCAAUGAGGAGGUGGAGAUGCUGAAAGCCCUGCAGCAUCCAAACAUCGUCCGAUUCUUCGACUCCUGGAAGUCGACGCUGCGGGGCCACAAAUGCACCAUCCUGGUGACGGAACUGAUGACAUCCGGCACCCUCAAGACGUACCUGCGCAGGUUCCGUCAGAUGAAGCCGAAGCUGCUGCAGCGUUGGAGCUUCCAGAUCCUGAAGGGGCUGCAGUUCCUGCACUCACGCUGCCCCCCGAUCCUGCACAGAGAUCUUAAGUGCGACAACAUUUUCAUCACUGGACCCACCGCCUCCGUCAAGAUCGGAGACCUGGGCCUCGCCACACUCAAGAAGGCCUCAUUCGCCAAGAGUGUCAUCGGGACUCCAGAGUUCAUGGCUCCUGAGAUGUAUGAGGAGAAGUAUGAUGAGGCCGUGGAUGUUUACGCCUUUGGAAUGUGCAUCCUGGAGAUGGCGACGUCUGAGUAUCCCUACUCUGAGUGUCAGAACGCCGCCCAGAUCUACCGCAAAGUCACCAAGGGAAUCAAACCCGACAGUUUCUACAAAGUGAAAGUCCCGGAGCUGAAGGACAUCAUUGAAGGCUGCAUUCGAACCAGAAGUAGCGAGAGGUUCACGGUCCAGGACCUGCUGGAUCACCGGUUCUUCCAGGAGCAGCUGGGCGUCCACGUGGAUCUGGCUGAGGACGACGACGGCUCGAAGGCGGCUCUGAAGCUCUGGCUCCGGAUGGACCACAACAAGAAGCUUCACGGGAAAUACAAAGACAACAACGCCAUCGAGUUCCUGUUUGAGCUUUACAAAGACGUCCCUGAGGAGGUGGCCCAGGAGAUGGUGGUGCUGGGGUUUGUGUGUGAGGCAGACUAUAAGCUGGUUGCCAAGGCGAUCAGACACAGAGUGACCGCCAUAAAGCGCCAGAGGGAGAAACAGCGGCGCCUGUUGGAGGAGGAGGAGCCUAACUGCACUCCCCAAGCACCUGAAUCGCCCAAUCAGGCGCGUGCAGCUGAUACGAGCACUUCUGCUGCUGGAAAGGUAGCCAGUGAGCUGGACACAGCUGCUGCCUGGAUACAAGCCCCGCCCCCUGUGACGGUGACAUCACCUACGCUGUCAUCGAGCAGCAGCCCGGUGGAUUCUGGGAACAGCAGCGUCUCCAGCAGGACUGAAGGGGGCAGAGACGAAGACGAGAAAGCCACCAGACCCACCUCGUACUCCUCCACCACAUCGGACUGUGAGAUGGAUAGCUCCGCUGGCUCCUCAGGUGUCCUGGAGAAGGUUGAAGCCACGCCUCCUGUUCUCCCAAACCCCACCCACCCCGUACCCACACCUGCACCGGCCCAGGAAACCCCUCGAACUGAGGAUACCCCUCCCCCCGUGAUCCGGGCUCCAGCCAAACCUCCACCUCUACCUGUGCUGCGCUUCCCCAAGAGCAUCGCCGUGUCCCACAGUACCGACCGGCUGCCAUCUGAAUCCAUCUGCGGCUUCUCCUCACCUGUCGACAGCUACGCCUCUGAUGUCACCUCAGGUUUGAGUGAUGGCAACGAUGGCCAAUCAGACAAGGGUAACCAGGAAGUGAGCAAACAGGCGGCUACAAAGCAGUUCAGGAGGAGGGCGAGGGCUCGUCUGAAAAUCACAGGGGUGUCAGACAUGGUGGACCGCGUGGUCGAGUGUCAGCUGCAGACUCACAACAGCAAGAUGGUGACGUUUAAGUUUGACCUGGACGGAGACAAUCCAGAGGACAUCGCCUCUGUUAUGAUCCACAGAGACUUCAUCCUGCCGUCGGAGCGAGACGGUUUCAUCCUCCGCAUGUAUGACAUCAUCAACAAGGCGGAGUCUAUGAUGCUUCAGCAGCAGCCUGCCGACACCGACGGGUUAUCUCACCUGACGGCCGCCACGCUGCCUAAGUCCACGCCAAACGUGCCGGUCUCGGGUCUGUCCAGAACUCUGUCCUCGUCUUCACUUCCUGACAUUGCAGGUGCUGAUCCCUCCCCCUCGAAGGCCGUAGACUUCUACAUCGACUCUGAGGCCACACCCUCCGUCAGAUCACUGAGGUCGCAGUCCUUCAACACUUCCUCAGCUUCCCACCAUCAGCCCCCCCAAUACCCCCUCCAUCACCUCCAACCAGACACCACCGCUUCCCCUCAGUAUCACCUCCCGUCUCACCCAUACUCCCCCUACACCACCCCCUUUCCCACCCAAAGCUCCUCGACUGGUCUGCCCCGGGUCCACAGUAACACCUCCCUCCUAACCCCCACCUCUUCUAGCUCAGCCCAUGCCCCGCCUCCUCCUCCCCCUCCCCCUCCUCAUUGGCCCCCUCCUGACCAGCCUCUCUUCUCUCUGGCCAAUGUACUCUCUCUGGCCAUGAGUGUGGCCCACUCCUUCAUGCCCCCACCUGGAACCCCCAACCAAAGCUUUCACCUCCAGCCCCCAUUCCCCUCUCCCCAGGAUCCCCUCUCUUCUCCUAUGUCUCCAUCUCUGGACUCAAAACUUCAUCCUCCAAGCCAUGCGUCCUUCUCUGGUCCCUUCUCGCCCUACACCCCCUCCACCCAUCAGACAGGCUCCGCCACUGACAGCCUGCCAGGGGUGCUGUCCAGCCGGACUCCAGAUGCAUCUCAGGUGGGAAAGGAGCAUCGGUGGCAGCCUCACAGUCCUGUCCAGCUGAAGGUCAGCUCAUCUCCGCCCCCUCAUGGUUCAGAGACUGUUUCUGCUCCCAGUCUGACCAGUGCCAGUCCCAGAGAGGAGCUCUCUGACUCCUCCCCCUCCUGCUCACCUGCCUCGAUUGCUCACAGCACAGUGUCUUCCCUUGUCUCCCCAUCACCCAGACCGUCACCCGUACAGGAGGUGAAGAAAACUUCAAUCGUCAAGGUUGGUCGUUUCCAGGUGACGCCCUCUGUCCAUAAUCAGGAGGCACGCCCCCUCAGUCAGGUGACACCUACCGCCCACUCCCCACCUCCCUCCAGACUGGACCAAUCAGAGAGCUCAGAGAGCAGUACGGAGGAGGAGAGUGAAUCUGAGAGCAGCAUCAAUACAGUGACGGCCUGCCCACCUGGACAUCUCCUAAGUUACCAUAGCAACUCCGGAGGACAGGAGGAGGAGGAGGAGGAAAAGAGGAGACCAGGUGGGAGACUGAGCGUCAGCCAGUCAAUGAGUGGCAGCAGCUUUGGCCAAUCUUGGAGCCGCUCAACAUCCUGCAUCAGCAGUGAUGAAUCAGAGAGCGACAAUGAGGAGAUGUGGGAGGAGCUGCAGGAGCUCCGGGAAAGACACCUGGUGGAGGUGCAGAACCUGCAGGCCAAUCAGAAGCGAGAGAUUGAGGACUUGUACCUGAGGAUGGGUAAAGCCCCGCCCCCCGGCAUUGUCUCUCCAGCCGCCAUGCUAAACCACCGCCAGCGACGCAUCUCCAAGACCGGAAACUACCCUCCUCGCAAAAACAGCCUGCAGAAACAGGAUGCACUGCCCCCUGCAGGUAUCAUGAGGAAGAGCUCGGUGAGCGGCAGCAGCAGUGGAUCUCAGGAGAGAGUAGGAAAAGGUGUGACAUUUGCCCCUGAACCCAGCUGCAUGUAAUGGAGGAGCUGCUUACUAGCGGUGGAAAACUGAUGAUGAAGAUGAGUCUUCAGGGAACACACGUCACUUUAUGAAACCUGCAGAAACAUGAAAAUCUGUUUUAACAAGCUGCCUGCUGAACAUUUUAUCCUGUUUGUUCCGUUUGAUGUCUUAAUUAAUUUAGGUUAGGUUAAUUUUGAAAUUUUGAGGCUUGAACAACAUUUUCAUGACAUUUCAGCACUCGCAAGAAAGCACAUUUGAAACACCUCAAAAUUGAAAUCAUGUGAGUUUAUGACUUUUUCUUUAAGGGUCAAGAGAAAGUCUUGCAUCUUAAUGAGCCUCAUGUGAUAGGUCCUUUGAACACAUCAGCUUCAGAGCCACACUGAACUUCUAUACAUUUGAGAGGAGCCCAAUAACCUGACACCAGGAAAUCAGCUGCUGACUGCUGGGGUUUGGUUUGUUCUCCGAGCCUCACUGCUCGUCAUUUCUGUCUUCUCUGUUUAUUCACUUUGACUCGGACUGCUGCUCAUUUCAUGUUUGACAGGUGAAGUCAGGUUUUCAUGUGGUUUAAGAGUUCAUGAGGUUCACAGUCUUUUUCAUCAAGUCUUCUGCUUUAAGUCACUAAGCAGAACAGAAACGUUUAACAAAUGCUUCAUUACACAUCGUAAUGUAGCUGUGAGCAGUGACGAGAACAUUUUAAACUUUUAUCAAUGUUCCACAGUUGUUAGAAACUUUAUUCAUCUCCCCAGGUUAGCUUCUCCAUCACCUGCACUUUAACAACAUGUUGCAUUUCUGUUACAGCUGACACACAAACCAACAGAAUAAAGUCACGGCACUUUUCAAAACAAAACCACAAAGUUCUUUAGGAAGAACCAGGAACAAAAACAAAAGACAAUCCACCCUUAGGUCCCGCCUCCUCCACCUCACCAGGCAGUCAUAGCGUAGCAUCAGCCACCUUCUCUGAUGCAAGCUUUUGAGAUUUUCUUCUUUUUCAGGCUGAUUUUGUGGAUUUUGAAUGAGUGGUGUUUAAAUAUUGUGUGAUACAUGUUAUGUGGAGGAGAUGGAGGGAGAUAUGUGUUUCUUUAUAUCUAAAUUAAUCAUUAAUUAGCACUUAUGUGCUAAGCUAGCCUCUGAAGCUAAAUGUGUGCACAUGCUGUUUUUGUUUUUAAGUUCUGGAACAAUGAAUAAAGACCUACUCAGCUUUA